AUUUAGGUAGGUACCAGCCACAUCCGCUGAAGGAAGUCGUAGCAUCGAGCAAGCACCGGGAAGGGACGUAAUUCGGAGACUGUCAGCUAUCUCGAAUCUUUUGGAAGGGACCCGACCCCUAAAGGACCUGGUGUGCGCGUAGACUUGUCGCCCUUGGCUCCCGUCUCUCUCCUCGCACCUACCUUCCUUCCAUUGUCUUCAACUACCCCUCCCCCACAUUUCAUCUAAUUCCUGCCGGCACCACCCCCCUCCUCGCCGUCAUGUCUUUCUAUUCCAGGCACUACCCGCCUGCAUUGAAGAAGACUGUUGAUUUGCAGCUUCAGACCGCCUUCAGCGAAUGCAAUUGGGCCUCUGUUAUACGUCUCGCGGACAAACGGGCCAAGUCACUCAAGGACCCCUAUUAUGAGGCCAUCAAACUCUGUGCCGAGUCCCAACUGGACGGCCCUGUCGAGAAGUGCGCCGUUCUUUUCGCUGUCGAUGAUCUUGUCCAGAAAGGAACCGUCGUCAAGGACCUGGACACCAUCGAGCUUUACGAAUGGGCCUGUCGUGACCUCGAGCAAGACUUCGGCUAUGCCGACAGUUUCGGUGUCCUGCGUCUUAGAUGGGUGAAGGCAAACCCUCGAAGCCCCGGGGUGAUAAAAUGCUUGGAAGAAUGCCUGCAGCACUGGGAUCUCGUCAACGCCCAACAGAUGGCCGCCCUUCUGGACAAGUCAUCCCCAAAUGCAACCGAUCGUCGAUUCAUGUUCUGGAGCAUUGCUUUGACAUUCCUCCUAUCAAUAAGCCCACAAUGUCCGGACGGCAAGCAAAAGCUAUACGGCCUCCUUUCGCUCAAGCAACUUGAGAGAGCUGCCGAUAUUACUGAAGGGUCGGACAAGCAUGACCUCACCGAUCGAGGCCUUAGGACCGAGGAGGAGAUCUAUCUUUACUACCGCGUCCUUGCAACGCAUGGAUCCCAGGACGACUUCAUGAAGAAGAUGCGGAGCCCGCAACUUGGAGCCCUCAAGCAGUUCGACGAGGGCCGCAAGCAUCUCUUCCUCGAGGCUCUGGACGCCUUUGAAGCGUGGGGCAAAUGGGAUGACAUAUACAACUUUUGCCUUCGAGGCCUGAGUCGAACAGAUGAUGAUGGUGCUCCAUCCUUCCUGGCGUCGGACUGGCGGGUGUGGACCAGAUUCAUCGAAGCUGCAAGCAAGAGCUCUGACGAUCAGAGGGCUUUCGAACAGGUCCAGAGACUUCUCGAGACCUUCAUCUCUACCAAGGCCGAGGUGGCCCAGAUGUACAAGAAAACCAUUGCCUUGGCCGUAUUGGAGACUACGUUCCGUUUACCUCAAACGCUUCUCCCGCAGAGCAGCUCUGGCUCGAGCGGCGUGAUGCCUCGAGUCGUUCAGAUUUGUCUGUUUCUUGAUAAGAACUUUGACAGACUUGCCGCUUUCGACGACGUCAAGGGCUACGUUUCGAACCUCAAAUUCGAAGAGGUGGAUUAUUUCCUGGCUGAAAUGCUCCCAAAGCUUGCUGGAGAUAAAGCAAGCUUAACUGUCAAGUCAGUCUCGAUAAAAGUGCUGGAGUUGAAAUUCAGAUACCUUCUCACGACCUGUCCGCAGACUCUUUCCCGCCUGCCCUCGGUCGUCGAUGGAGAGGAUCAAACCGCCCAGUAUCGCUGCCGCGUCUGCUCGAAUACAAUUUGUCGGCAACCGUGUAGCACAUGCCUCACGAACAUCGCUACUGCGGCCGCCUCCCUGCAUAAGAGGAUAUGCGCAGAUGCCGAGUUUGUCAAGGCCGUCCCGUCUCUGGACAAGGACCCACGCUCGGAUCUCUCUCUUAUCCUCGCAAUGGCCGCCCUCAAGAUGGCUGGCCUGGAUGGCUCGCGCUCGUCGCGUUCCGGGUCGCCACUGCACAACGUCGACCCAGCACGCUUCCUGCAGGCAGUCCUGGUGCUAGACGCGCAGCUCAAGCAAACCCCAAACGACACACCCUUACGGCUGCUUCUGAUCCAGCUAUAUCUCCUCCUCGGAUGUGCCUCGUGUGCAUACCAGCUGUGGGUUCCCAUGGGCGUCAUACGAACGAUCCAGGACUCCCUCAGCCCCCUGUUCUUUGACAGGAUAUCCAGUUUGUCUCCGGGCUUGUUCCAAGGCAGUCGUCCGCUGAUGGAGCCUCUGCGCUCGUACUACUUCUCGACCUUGAGGGACAGCUCUCCCGUCGGCAUCUGGGAUGCCUUCUCGUCCGGUAGCUACAGUAGUAUUUUGGGUAUGGCCGAGUUUGACAACCGCCUGCGAAGGAGCUGCACUCUGGUGAUGACCAUUGUGGAGGAGAGGCGCGCCACCAGGGCGUUUGGCGGCCGUCUCGAUACUGGCGUCGAUGAGAUGCCGGUUAUUGACGUAGCCAACAUCCAUGACGAUACCGACAUUGCCGAUGUGACGGAUUAUGGCUCUUUCCAGAGUCUUGAAAGCUCUUACUCUGCCCCGCCACAGGACCUCGUGCGCCUUGGGCCGGGUCUCUCGGUAUGCAUCCAUCUAGCUCAACCAUUAUGGGAUGCGUGUGUGUCGCUCAUAUUGACCCAUCUGUGUAGAACGAACGGGCGCACCUGUCUUACCUAGCCGAACAAUACCUCGAUCUCAUAUCGUGGAAGCCACCCAAAGACUACAAGCCCUCGAAGGCGAACGAGAUAGCCACGAAGGACAAGAGCUACCUUGUCGAAUCCCUGACCCGGCUCCAAAACUCCUUCACCCGCUUCCUCCACCUCCCAUCGACGCCGACGAAGCUGACGGCCCCCGAGGAGACAUACUUCACAGUCCUCUCGCUCCUCUCCGGCAUCCUCCUCGUAGCGCUGACCACGCCCGCCACCGGCUCCCCGCCACCGACCCUCCCAGUCCUGACCACAACCCUGAAGACAUCCCUCCAGACCCUCCGCUCCGCCGUCCUCGCCCCCGCGCCGUACCGCCUCGCGCGGCCCGAGACCCUCUCC